ACAUUUUAAAAAAUACACAUAUAGUUUCUUCAGAACAGAUUUCCCACGACUUUUUGAAGAUCCCCUUAUAGUUAAUUAACUGUUCAAAAACGUAGAGCAUCUGAGCUAGUCUUCCAGAGCAGCUCUGAAAGCUUUAAAGCACAAUUUAUACACCAGCAGUAUGCAUAGGAUUACGGUUGGGAGCAGCUGGAAGGAAUGCACCUUCUCUUCAUCGACUUAUAAUCACCCCACCUGCAGGGCCGGCAUUUCGCUGCCGCACAGCCAUCUCCUCCGCCGUGCAAAGCCCUGCAUAAACGCGGAGAGUCCACCGUUAAGCUGUCUGACACCUGGGACACGGAGGGCAGCCCACGGGUCAAGGGAGGCCGCGGGGUCACCGCCGGGCCACAGGGAAUGGGCGCCCCCUGGCGACCGCCUGAGGAACGCGCCGCGCGCGCUGUCGAAGCCGGGAACAUGGCGGGACGUGGCCGGCCCGUGGAGCCUGUUUCGCCAUCGCCAGACAGGGAGGAAAACGGCGCCCAACGUGGUGGCUGGGAUCUCUCAGUGGGCGGACGACCACCUGCGCCUCGUCCGGAACAUCAGCACUAUAAUGGCCGUGGCUGGGCUAAUGUUACUUCUAAGGAGUGUUCGACUGACAUCAAAAUUUACAAGCUCUUCAGAUAUUCCAGUAGAAUUUAUAAGGAAGAACGUUAAGCUACGUGGACGAUUACGCCGAAUAACUGAGAAUGGUUUAGAAAUUGAACAUAUUCCUAUUACUUUACCUAUAAUACCAUCCUGGAGGAAGGAGCCAUGUGGUGCUUUGCUGGUUAAGUUGGCUGGGGUAGAACUCGCUGAAUCUGGGAAGAUAUGGUUACAAAAGGAGCUAAAGCCUUCCCAGUUGCUGUGGUUCCAACUUCUUGGAAAGGAGAAUUCGGCACUCUUCUGCUACCUGUUAGUGAAUAGAGGUAGAUAUUUUACGGUGAAUCUAAAUGAGGAAAUUUUGAGAAGAGGCCUUGGCAAAACUGUUCUUGUUAAAGGGUUAAAUUAUAAUUCUAAACUCUAUUGGAGAAUUCACAGGAGGUUACUUAAAGCUGAAUUAACAGCGCUAAAAAAAGGAGAAGGAAUAUGGAAGGAAGAAUCUGAAAAACAAAGUUAUUUGGAAAAAUUUAAAGACUCAUGGAGAGAAAUAUGGAAAAAAGAAAGUUAUUAUGAAAAAUUUAGAAUGACUUAUGAAAUAUGGAAAGAGAACAUUAAUAACUAUUCCUUAAUACUGAAGUUCAGAGAACUUAUGAGUCGUUUACACUUCCGUAGAAAAGGAUGAAAUAUCCAAGAGGUUUACAGGUGACCUGAGCAGAAGAAUAAACUCUGUAAAUAUAUGUACAUUCUUCAUUGCCUUGAAAUGAAAAUUUUCCAAAAUGAUGAAGCUGUAGUCUAAUGGUAUUUACAUAUUUAAAAGAUAAUUAUGAUAAAUGUUAUAUAGAAUUAAUUUCAAGAAAUUAUGAUUCAUGUAAUAUACUUUUAGGAAUAUACAAAGUCACUGGGGUAAAGGAUGCAAAUACUGUGGUGCCAAUAUUUGGAAAUAAGGUUUAACUGUUGGCCGUUUUGUUGUUUGAGUUAUUUGUGACAGCUGUAUUUAAUUUUUGUGUAAGGAGAAUAUUUAUUUAUUUUUUUCUGUCUUACCAGCUUUCAUUAUUCAUAAUAAAGGAAUACCUAAUACUUGAUGACUGAGGCUACUCUUUGUCUCCCAGUGCUUCCUAACUGCGUGUGAAUUUGGAGCAUGGCUACAAGUGAACGUCACAGAGACCAUUCCUGGCCAUAAAGAAUGACUAACUUACCUGUUGCUAGCUGGGGGCAGAACCCUAGGGACCAGAAACAACUUGCUGAGGAUGGCAGCAGGGAGAAUAGAAAGAAUGGGGUUGUCUUAGGUCAUUGUUGAGAUCUGAAAUAGCCAGUAUUGAACUGCCCUGCUUCCCAGUUAAUUGCUAUGUGAGACUGUGAAUUUUUAAAAAAAGAUUUAUUUAUUUGACAGAGUUUACAGAGAGGGAGAGACAGGGCCAGAGAGAGAUGUCUUUCAUCUGCUGGUUCACUCCCCAAGUGGCUGCAAUGGCCAGGGCUGGGCCAGGCUGAAGCCAGGAGUGGGGAGCUUCAACUGGGUCUCCUGUGUGGAUGCAGGGGCCUAAGGAUUUGGGCUAUCUUCUGCUGCUUACCCAGGCACAUUAUCAUGGAGCUGGAUUAGCAAUGGAGCAGCUGGGAUCAAACUGGUACCCAUAUGGGAUGCCAGCACUACAGGCAGCAGCUAACUUGCUGUGCCACAGCGCUAGCUCUGACCAAAAGUUUUAUAAUUUUUAAAGGCAAUUUGAGUUCAUUAAAGGAUCUAACAUACACACAAAGUUGCUUCUGAAAUCAUCCAGAUGGUAAUAACCGUUCAUAAGGUCAGCAGUGAUCCUCUAACAUCCACAAAGUUUGCAGAAUUUUUUAUUUAUUUAUUUGAAAGACAGUUACACAGAGAGAGGAAGAGACAGAGUGCUUCCAUCCACUGGUUUACUCUCCAAAUGGCCUCAGCCUACCUGGGCCAGGUUGAAACCAGGAUCCUGGAACUCCAUCCAGUUCUCCCAUGUGGGUGCUAGGGGCCCAAGUACUUGGGCCAUCAUCUGCUGCCUUCCCAGGUGCAUUAGCAGGGAGCUAGAUCAGAAGUGGAACAGCUGAGACUAGAACUAGCAUUCAAAUGGGUUACCAGCGUUGCAUGCAGUGACUUAACCCACUGUUCCACAAUGUCAGCAGCCUUC